UUCUUCCGCUGUUGAAAAGAGAAGAAAUUAUGGCAGUAAAUUUGGAUCAAUUUAAUUUCUUUUCAAAUGUAUUUUUUUUAGUUUGUCGCUAGGUCAGGUUGGUUCGAUAUCUUUAGAAAAUUAAAAAGGCUUUAAGAUUUUGGAGACGAAACAUAUGGUCGAGCCUGGAUUCGAAACGUGCAAAAACUGCUGAAAUUAUUUGGUUUUUCUUUGUAAAAGACAGUAGAAAUUACAUUAAUUCUUAAGCAAUGCAAUGAUAAGACGUAAGAGUUUCCAAGAUACACCCAAUUUUGAUAAAAAUUUGCUUCAAGGCUGGCAAAUUAGAAGCAUUCGGCUUGAUAAAUUGAUGCUGCACAGCUUUCAGCCAGUAACAUGGAGUGUUAGAGUGGAACUCAAAGUUAUUUUUGAAUUAUCACAGAUGUGCAUUUUAACAUUUAUUCUAUUAAAUAAGUUACUAGAGGUUCUUUAGUUACUGCAUCUCAUUUCGGUGAUAUAACAGUUGAAGAAUAUGACAUAUAAUCUUAUCAAAAACGGACUGCCUCAAUAUUGUUUCUUUGAAAAACCCAAAUGUUGGAAAGUUUCGUUUAUUUUACAUAUAUUUCAGGGAAUUAAUGGAAGGUAGAUUCAACGUCCAGAAUUGACCGUGACGUUUACAAUUACGAUAGGAGUUUUCAAGCUUUCUACCACGGUUUUGCGGGGAGAAAUUACUGGAUUCAAGAAGAUCAUAGUCCUCGUUGCCGUCGCCGUCGUGGUUUCUUAAGGUCCCUAAUGAUUCAUCUCAGAAAGACUAUCACCCCAAAUGCUUUGAACUAUCUUGUGUAGGACUGAGGUCCGAAGAAAUAUGGGCCGAAAUCAUGCUUCCAGUAAAUUAACUGAAGAGCAAAUUGACGACUUUAGGAAAGCGUUUCUACUGUUUGACAAAGAUGGCAACGGAAGAAUAACCGCGGACGAAUUGAGCGAAGUUAUGAGCUCCUUGGGUCAAAGUCCCACAAAGAAAGAGGUUGAAGCAAUGAUUCAGAAAGCUGACCAAGACGGCGAUGGUUCGAUUGAUUUUCUGGAGUUUCUGGAAGUAAUGGCCAGCAAGAUGGGUGAGCACACAUUCGAGGACGAUCUCAGGGACGCAUUUCAAUUGUUCGACACAGAUUGCAACGGUUAUAUUUCCAAACGCGAAUUAACUUUCGUCCUGACCAGCCUCGGGGAACAGAUCACUGAUGCUGCCGUGGAAAACAUGAUCAAGGAGGUCGACCUGGAUGGAGAUGGCAGAGUAAACUAUGAAGAAUUCCUACGAAUUAUGAAGAAAUAAAUUAAACAUCCCGAGGACAAUCUGUCGACCAUCGCAAACGAUCGAAGACUGAGUCGAUCAGUUUAAUUUAGCCUCAUUUUAGACCUUUAUCUACUCUAGGUAUCUAGCUAAGAGAGGUCAGAUAUCUAUGAUGAAAUGUUUUUUUUCUCCUUAAGUUGUACACAAAAUGUUCAUGUAAAUAAUACGUGCCUGUUGAUAUGAAAGAAAUUAUGUAGUGGUAGGACAUAUGGACUGAUGUGUCCCCAAGUACCUUUAGCAUUGGAGGAAUUUUCCUGAUUGUAUUUUUAAAUUCAAGACAGUAAUGAGGAGCCGAGGCCUCAAAAGAAAUAGUUCGUGCCUCGUUAACUAGUAGUCUCUGGUUGAAAUUUCAAUUCAUCUCCAACCAUUAUAUUUUCUACGAUGAACACGAACGCAAACCAUCAUUUAAAUAACCUUAGCGUUGGCAAAAGACAGCUGUACAUAUGGAUAAAAUAUGAUCACCUUUGUAAUGAAUAGAUGGUCAAUCCCAUCUUUGACCAUUUUUCUAGGAAGACAAGUGUAUCACUUAUAAUGAGUUCAUGAGUGUCUUAGUUUCACUUCAGAUAUUUCCAAAGUCUCUUUACGAUAACUUCUUGGAAAUUUAAAUAAACUGAACCUUCAGCUUUA